AUGUCAAAUAAAACAAUUUGUUUGACUUGUCAACAUUUUAAAUGUUCUGAACGUGGACUUAUAUUACCCUUUGGAUUUGAAGCAUGUAUACCAAUAACAUUACGUGCUAUAUUCUAUUUUAUAUUUUUAUUCUAUUUAUUUCUUGGAAUUGCCAUUAUUGCCGAUAUGUUUAUGAGUUCAAUAUUAACAAUAACGUCAAGUACAAGAAAAAUACGCUAUCCAGAUCCGUCUAGGCAGAACGAAUAUUUAGAUGUUGAAAUAAAAACAUGGAAUGAUACAGUGGCUAAUUUAACAUUAAUGGCAUUAGGUUCAAGUUCACCAGAAAUUUUACUAUCAAUAAUAGAAAUUAUUGGAAAUCGUUUUGAAAGUGGAGAAUUAGGUCCAGGAACUAUUGUUGGUUCAGCAGCCUUCAAUUUACUUGUCAUAUCUGCCAUAUGUAUAAUGGCAAUUCCUAGUCCAGAUACACGUCGAAUACGCUUAUAUAGCGUAUUUAUGGUGACAUCAUUUUUUGGAUUCUUUGCUUAUAUUUGGUUAUUCCUUGUUCUAAGUAUUAUAUCGCCCGAUGUUGUUGAUUUAUGGGAAGCGAUUGUUACAUUUUUAAUGUUUCCACUUGUUGUACUAUUGGCAUUUUUAGCUGAAAAACAUUUUUUCUUAACUAAACAACUGGACAUGGACGAAGAGGAAGAAAAAAUGUUAGCAAUAAUUAGUGAUAAAACACGUAUUCAUCCAUUAGGCAAACGAAAAGCAAAAGGGCGUCUCAAGAAAAUUAGUGCAUCUUUAAAUUUUUUAAAUAAAUAUAAAUAA